GUGACACACACUUUCUGCUCUGCCUGCAUGGAACCGUAUACCCGCUUCGACGCGCUGGAAUUGGGCUGCAAACGCGAGGACGACGACACCUACCACGCAUACUGCAGGGGCUGCCUCGUUGAUCUCUUCGAAACAAGCUUCACCGACACAACACUCUUUCCCCCACGAUGUUGCGGAAAGUACAUACCGGUGUCAGCUUGCGUUGAGCUUCUCCCACUAGAGUUGGUAAAGCGAUACAAAGACAAGCAGCUCGAACUAGCAUCGCCAAAUCCUGUGUAUUGCAGCAAUCGGUUCUGUGCAAAGUUCAUAAAGCCUGAAAGCGUCACCGCUGACGUUGCAGUAUGUCAAAGUUGCAACAUGGAAACGUGUGCUAUUUGUAAAAACCCCAAACACAAAGGGCUAUGUCCGGACGAUCCAACGUUCCGGAUGCUGUUGGAAGUGGCUGGUAAAAAGCGGUGGCAACGAUGCCCCAGGUGUAGGACCAUGGUGGAGUUGCUCACAGGUUGUUAUCAUAUGCGAUGUCGGUGCACUGCAGAUUUCUGCUAUCUCUGCGCAAAGCCAUGGAAGACCUGCUCAUGUCCG